CGCUCACUUGUCACCGUUUCUUCCUAAGAUACCGUAAUGGGCAUCCUAGAUGCUAAUGAGUUCGAUCGAAUGAAGGAGCUAAAGGAGUUGGAUGACGUGAAGACUGGCGUCAAGGGCCUCGUCGACGAAGGGAUAACAGGAAUACCGAACAUCUUCCUCAGACCAGCCAGUGAACUUGCUGAUGACAAGAUCAAUCUCUCUAUAAGCGACGUCUAUCUUCCGGUCGUCGACCUUAGCCAAAUCCAAUCGCCGGAGAGGCGCAAAACGAUCGUUGAUGAAGUUAAGGCUGCGUCGAGUGAGUGGGGGUUCUUCCGGCUGGUCAACCAUGGUGUCCCGCAUAGUCUGAUGGAGGACAUGCUGCAGGCAAUCCGUGAGUUCCAUGAGGGCGACCCCGAGGAGAAGAAGCGGCUCUACUCGCGAGACGCAAAGAGGACCCUGCUAUACUAUACCAACUACAGCUUCUACCACGCGCGGAGCCUGAGCUGGAGGGACAGCUUUGCCGUGAUGUCGCAUUUGUCCGACCCGCUCGAGCUCCCAGCCGCUUGCAGGGAGGCGAUAUGGGAGUACAGGAAGCAGAUGAGAGUGCUUGGAGGUUUGCUCUUGGAGUUGCUGUCUGAAGCUCUAGGGCUCAAACCACGGCACUUGAUAGAGAUGGGGUGUGGCAAGAAACACGACUUGGUGUGCCAUUAUCAUCCCCCAUGUCCAGAGCCAGAUCGGACCUGGGGAUCAACGCAGCACAGAGACCCCUUCUUCUUGACUGUGCUCUUGCAGGACCAGGUCGGUGGCCUCCAAGUCCUACAUCAGGAUCACUGGGUUGAUGUCAAACCUGUCCCUGGCAGCUUUGUGGUCAACAUUGGGGACUUUCUACAGAUCGUAUCAAAUAACAAAUUCAGGAGCGUAGAGCACCGGGUGCAAGCGAGUCGAGUGGGCCCUAGAAUUUCAGCGGCCCUCUUCAUGACCACGGAAUCAGGCCCAUCGGAGAAGGCCUUCGGCCCAAUCAAAGAGCUCGUGUCCGAAGAAAACCCUCCUUUGUACGGGGACUCUCGACCAAGUGAAUACUUUUCCUUGUUCCAGCAGAGGAAGAUUUCCUCAGUCCAAGGAGGCAAAGAGCAAGAGUAGCAUAUGGUUGCCAUAGUCAUUUUCCAAUAAGGUUGCUUGUGCAACGUAGUUCAGUGGAUUAUGAGGAUGGCCGCUUGAAUGUACUGAUUCUUAUAGCUUUGGUGAAUUAUGAGGUUAUUAUGUCCUAUCGUCUUACUACGAUGUGAAGUAGUACAUUGCGAGGACAACUUCAAAUUUCCCUGCUCUGAUAAAACUUUUAUUAAGUUCUUCUUCACAGCCUCGGGAGCCUUGUGAAGAUAAACGAU